AUGCCAUCCCCCGCGACCCCAACUCGUCCCUCCAAAUCUGGAGGGGGUACUCAAUCCGCAUCAAAGCCAUCAAAAUCGCUAGAUAUCGGUCAACCACUCGGAGUCCAUGAUACAAAUUCUGUGCGAUCGAUAGUGCGAAAAUGGCAACAACAAGGAGGCGGGGUAAUCACGAUCGACGAUGGAGUUUACAAUGACGAUGGGAAUGAGAAUGAGAAUGAGAAUGACGAGGAUGAAGAGAAUAAGAUCAGAACGCCAUCCAAAGCGACCAAGCCCAAAUCCGAGGCAGGAAAACCUCCCAAAGCAAAAUCCAGCAAAGGCCCAGUGGCUCAGACGAGGAAACGAAGUCACAGUACCCCGCGCAAACGAGUCAUUAGCGACGAGCACUGGCGAAGGAAUCGAUCAACAACAACAGUCGGAAGUCAACCCUCAGUGCGCAACCUUCCAGCUCCGAAGCGCAUCAGUGAAUACACCAUCAAUGAUAGUGGAGUAACGGUCCGCACAAAGAAGGAGACUCAAAAAGAGCUUCCGGACAGAACUCGAGAUACCCCUCGGUCUGGCACCAAGACUCCCGCGAAGGAAUUUAAGGCCAAGCCUCGCAAGCGACCGGACUCGGUGGUUGAUAGUGACUGGGAGACAGAGACUGAUCGCCCAAAAUCGACUAUACGGUCGGAGGUGUCCACAAAGCAGAAACGAGAAUCACCGCCUCCCGAAGAUGCAGCAGAAUGGGGAAAGAGCGAGGCCGAUUUUACGGAACUGUCGCGCAGGCGCGCCAGAGGAAGAUGUUCUCGUUGCCCAAGCCCGAGCCCCCCCAGACCUCCUCCACCAACUGCGAAUCGAGGCGCGAAGAUCGAGGCGUGGUUAUCGGAGACGCCUGACCCGUUUCUUGAUUAUGAGAACAAAGAUGAUAUGCCUGUUCCGCUGGAUAUCAAAUCAGCGAGGGAAAGGCGAUCCAGGAGAUUGGGGGAUACAGAGACAUCGAGCAGCUUGACAUCGGAGACGCAGGCUGAAGGCGAGCCUCGUCCAAAGAGCUCUCACAGCCGACAAUCCAAAGACUCCAAGGAAUUGAGAGAGAAAGAGAAAGAGAAAUACCGUCCAUCAUCAAGCGGAAAAUCUACCAAAAUCCAUGAGGACCCCGCACCAGAGCCCAAACGAGCGAGUUUGGACAAAUCCCACAAGCAUCCGCCCAAGGCUAAAGAGGAGAAGCCUGUUCUGGAGACUCGGGAGGUAAAAGAGCCCAGUAUCGUACCAUCAGAGUCAGAUGUGCAAGUGAGUUCAGAAAAAUCAGAGGCGUCGGGAAAUAAUGCACCUGUCCCGACUGGCCGCAAGAAGUCAAUUCCCAGCACUGGACCUCAUCGAUUAUCCACCAUUGCCUCGGGCGAGACUUUGAGCAUUCUCCCUGAGGAAUCAUCCGGGCCAUCAUCCGCACGUGAGAAGCCCAAGGACAGCGCAUCAGAGGAACCUAAACCGGCCGAGGACCCAGAAGAAGCUGGCGAAGAGAAGGACCAAUUUGAUCCGGAUUCUCUUCCUGUGGUAUCAUCACAGCUUAAACGUCGACUGACCACACACAAUGAUCUUAUGUCUGUGCUCUCCGUUCCUGCUUCUAGAACCAGAAGUGUCCGAUCAUCUCGAAGUAUUCGCACCAAUAAGAGUCGACUGGCGAGUGCAACUAUCCCCGACCUCUUUGUUGAACUAGCUUCCGAUGAGACCAAGUAUAUGCGAGAGCUGAAGACGCUUGUUGGUGGUGUUAUCCCUGUUCUCCUGACAUGUGUUCUAUCGCGCUCCGAUUCAGCCAUUGCUGCUGGCUUGUUCCGGCCCUCUGUGGAUCCAAAGGACGACAUCAACUUCUCCAAGCCUAUCGUUAACAUGGGUGUUGCUAUUGAGCGCUUAAAGACAUUACACAAGCGCAUCCCGCAAAAUGACAUUGAUGCUCUCCUCAACUGGGCGCAAGGUGCGCAGAAGGUCUACCGUGAAUACCUUAAAGCAUGGCGACUCGGCUUCAAAGAUGUGAUUGUCAAUCUCGCACCUCUGGAAGAAGGAGAAGAGAAUGAAAAUGCGGAUACUAAGAGUUUGGAUGAAGGCAUGGAGCGAGAUGAGAACGGUGAUGUGGUAGAUGCCGAUGGUGAGAAGGUGGAUGUUGCUUAUCUCCUAAAGCGUCCCUUGGUCCGAUUGAAGUAUCUCGCAAAGAGCUUCAAGGGCAUCAAUACUCUUCAACCCUCACCCAAGGCUGAAGAAAUUUCCACCGCCUACCAAUCGCUUGUUCUAGAUGCCCGAAAGCGAGCUCGUGACGAGAGAGCAAGAUUGGAAGAUGAGUCUGCUGCUACUGUCGAUGCAACUCGCGCUAGAGACCCGAUGACUCUUGCAGUCGCCCGAAAUGUUGUGGUCGACCAAACCCGGCGCGUUAGAGCCCGUGAUUUCUUCAACUUGUCUCUUUACCACUCAAGUGGACAAUUGGUUGAUUGCCGUGCGGAACUGCUGUAUCGAGACAAUUCCUCUGGAAGUGGAUCUGGUGGUGAUUUGUUGAUUUGCGAGAUUGAUCACUCCGAUCGUUGGCUACUUUUCCCGCCUAUGGAUCUCCGGUGUGUUUCAGCAAGAAAUGGUGAAACAGGCGAGAUUGUUCUUAUGCUCCGCAGUGCUGCCGGAGACGAGAAGUAUUGGCAAGAGCUGAUCUCCCUCCGCAUUGAUGAUUAUGAGAUUGGUGUUGAAUGGGUUCAGCUGCUGGGCUCAGAUCCCAUCCCGCCAUCAAUCUUCCGAAGUCAAAGCUUCAUUAGUCGCGCAAAGCAGCACAAGGCCCGCAAGUCCUCCGUGAGCGACUCUCCUCCUAGAGCCAACCCGAGUGACAUUGAUAUUCCAAUUGGCGAGAAGCGACGAUCUCUCACACCUAAGGAACACUAUUCAGAGCCGAGCACUGUCAGCUCUUCUGCCACCGAAACAAGGAGCUCUCUGUCCUCCUCCGUCACCCGCGAGACAGACUACACGACCGGCGGAUCUGAGCUCUCGGCAAUCAAAGUUCGCACUGGUUUCACCUCUCUGCCCUCCCAAACCAGCCCUGACAAGUCUCCCAAUGGGUUGAAACGAUCUAAAGCCAAGAGACAUUCUCGUUAUGGCGAUAGCCCAAUCUCAGAAUUAGCGCCUGCCCAGCCCAUUGUUGAGGAAACGGUCCAGGAGAAGCCUCAGGAUCAGGUCCAAGAUUCUACUCCCACAAAAAACAGAUUCUAUGGCGGGGAAAGUAAUGAUGGCAGCCAAGUGACGAGCCCUCCUCCAAAGUCAAAGUCCGCUUCAAGAAUACCGCAGCCCAAGACACCACGCAAGCAGCAGUCCCCAGAGCCUGAAUCUCCCCGUGUAUCUUCAGUACCUUCUGCACGCUUACCCCAAAUUCCAAAGAUCAGAACCGCCAGCAGCCAAACUCAUUUGUCGACUCCGGCUAGUACAGAGGCCGAUGAAGAGGAGGAUUACCCGCCCCUGGACUCACUGCCAGAUCCAGGGCCAUUGGAGACACCAACCAAGUCUCGGAGAAGAAAGUCCCGUCACAAGUCAAAACACGAUGAUGCGCCUCCACCUCCACCUCCGCAUCGCUCCCCAAGCGCUGCUAGUGGCAACCCGUCUAACUCGCCUGUUCUCACACCAUCAGGGGCCCGAUUCAAGCGACGAGGCUCUUCUCCUUUGAAGCAUGAAUAUGAGCCUUCCACAGCUUCCGAUUCAUACACUGAAUCAGACUCUGAUGCCUCUACUGUCCGACACUACAGUUACUCUUCCUCCGAAUACUCAAGAUCCGCAUCGGAAGAUUCAGACUCAUACUCCGAAGAUUCUGCAUCCGAAGAUGAAGAGAGUGAACUGAGUGAACUUCCCAAGCCAAGGCGUAUUCAUACUGCCACAUCUGACGCCAGCUCGCUUUCUCCAUCAAAUUCUGCGUCCCAAAGUGGCUAUCGGGCGGUACCUCUGCAACCUGCAAAGUCUUCCAAGGCCGUUGCGUCUAUCUUUGCCUGGUCUGAUAAGGGUAGCUGGGACCCAGUGCUUCCCGAUGAAUGCGACAUCUCUGUCAGCCCUGGUCUGAUUGAAGCUUUCAAGACGAAUGCGGAUCACCGGUCGAAGCCGCUUAUCUCCAUGGAGCUCACUCCCUUGGUCCCCAUCCGUCGGGGUACAGCUAUCGACAUUAGCAUUCGCUCUCCUCCCACUGAACGUUCCAAGAUCGCAUCUAGCAAUAUCAUGUUCCGGUCUCGAUCUCCAGACGAAUGCGAUGCUUUGUAUGGCCUCAUCAACCAGGCUCGCAUUAACAACCCAACCUAUAUCGCUCUUCAGAAUGCUCGUGGGCCCUUCAACGAGAAUCUCCCAUCAUUCGAGCCCGCCGCCAAGUCUGGCUCGAACUGGUUCGGCUUUCCCCGUCGCAGAAGAAGCUACCGAGCUUCCAACAGCAAUCCCCGAUCCCUUGCUGAAGGCUCCGAGAGCAGUGUCGGUACCAUGAGUAGCGCCUUCUCUGCCUUGAAGCGUUUCGGUGGUGGCAGCAAGAUGUUCAAUAUUUCUCGCUCAACCGUUGAGUCUCGCAAUGGUCGGGAAGAGAGUAUCUACUCCGGUUCAGGAGACUCUGCUGACGGACCUUCCCCAUCCUCCGGUAUAGGCCGUAUCGCCGCGGCCAUCAAGGGCGCCGACGGAAUCGGUCUCUCAAACGCCAAGAUCAGAAUUUAUCUGCGCGAAUCCGCUUCUAAAUGGCGUGACAUGGGCGGAGCUCGUUUGACCAUUAUGCCCUCUCCACCCAAGAACCCCUCGCGCCCUGGCACAGCAGUCAGUGGUCGGAGCUCGAGUGGCACCAUGUACGGUGGUGAUGCGGCUGGUGACUCCCCACCAAGCUCUGGAGCAGCCACACCACACCGUGACGUCGAACCCGAGAAGCGCAUUAUCAUCCGUGGCAAGACUCGUGGUGAGGUUCUGCUGGAUGUCUGUCUACCUGAAAGUUCCUUUGAGCGCGUUGCUCGCACUGGAAUUGCGAUUUCCGUUCUCGAGGAGACCAAUGGUGGGCCCGCUAAGCAAGGUGGUGUUAACACCAGCUUCCAGCGCAUCUACAUGAUUCAAAUGAAGAGUGAAGCUGAAGCAGCCUACACAUUUGGCCUUGUUGGUAAACUGCGCUACUGA